CCUAUAAGUUUUGCUAUGUUAAAAACCUUCACGUACUCUCAAAGUCUGCUAAAAACCCAUCUUCGUGAAUGUUUAAACUUGUUUGAAUCUACACCGACCCUGUGUUUUGGAACAAUGGCUGCCGUUACAGUUUCUGACACUUCUUUAAUUGUUAAGGCCAAAAACUUAGCGCCGCCUCUUUUGAGCGGCAAGCAUAAAGGUCAAGCAGGGCGAGUUGGUGUUUUUGGCGGGAGCAUCGAAUUUACCGGUGCUCCCUACUUCGCCGCUAUAGCUGCGUUGAAAGUAGGUGCCGACUUAGCUUACGUGUUCACUAUUAAAGACGCGGCAUCCGUAAUCAAGUCGUACAGUCCCGAACUGAUGGUUCUUCCGCAUUUAGACGACCCACAAGCGAUAGAAAAAAUCGAACCGUGGCUCGAGAGAUUGCACGUGAUCCUUUUAGGUCCCGGUUUGGGUAGACUGAAUACCACCGAGCGGGUGUUCGAGAAAGCAGUUGAAGUAUGCAGGGCCAAAAGCAAACCGAUAAUUAUAGACGCGGACGGGUUGUUUUUCGUGGCGAAAAAUCCCGCGAUCUUGAAAAAUUACCCUGCUGUCGUGAUUCUCACACCCAAUAAGAUGGAAUUCAAGCGGCUGGUCGGUGAUAACGACGGCGAUGGCACCAAGGUCGAACAGGCGAGCGAAUUUCUCAAACUUACGGGCCCGAACGUCGUGAUUUUUUGCAAGGACGCCGAAGACGAAAUCAUCACCUUAGGGAAGAGCAUCAAGAUCUCGGGCGGUGGUUCGGGAAGACGUUGCGGAGGACAAGGCGAUUUGUUGGGAGGUGCCAUGUCGACGUUUCUGGCUUGGGCUUUGGAGAAACGAUGGGAACCGGGAGUGGCGUGCUACGCAGCCAGUAAACUUACCAGGGACUGCAAUUCGCGAGCUUUCGGGAAAAUGGGACGGAGUAUGGUGGUAACGGACAUGAUUAAAGAAAUACACGACGUUUUCCAGGAAGAUUUCGAACUGGAAUGACGAGCGGGCACAUGGGAAUGUAAUGUGUGGUUGUUUGUCUGAUGAAAUAUAUUGAUUAAGCUCCAACGGUUUCGUAGUGUCUUG